CGCCCCUCUCUCCCCUGGUCUUUCUCUGCCUCUCUCUGCCCCUCUAUCUCUCUGUAGCGCUCUGUUUUUUUUCCCUUUGCCUUUCCUCAGCAUCCCCCCUCUCAGCGAUGGCGUGUGUCAGUGCCGCUCGGCCGUCUGGGGCCUAACGCACACAGAGAGGACCCCUAUUCCUCUCCCGAUUUGCAGCGCAUUCCUCGGGUGUCUCUUCUCCCCGUGUCCUUCACCGCUUCUGCUGCCUUGCAGCUCCCACCCCGCCUCCCCGUGCGGGUGUCUGGGAGUCGGGCCCUCGGGGGUGGAGGAAAUCAACAUCGUGCUUCGCUGGGGAGCUGUGCAGAAUUAGCUAUGCCCUGCCCAGGCAUCUUUUGACCGGUUGGAUUCCUCCAUUUCUGCCCGCCUGCAAUCCAGAGGGCAGCGUAGGAUGAAAAUCUGCUAUCAUGAUGCAAGGACUGAAAAACCGAACCAGGAAAGCCCUGGGCUUACGAAAGAAAGACAAGGACAAAGAAACAACGAGCUCACCUGACAAAGAAGGAAGUGGAAGUGGAAAGAAAGGAAGCAAAAAGGCUAAUGGGGCCCCCAAUGGUUUCUAUGGGGAGAUUGAUUGGGACAGAUAUGCCUCUCCUGAUGUAGAUGAGGAGGGCUUCAGCCUCCGGCCUGGUGACGAGGGUGAUGCAGCCUCCAAAGAAAAGCACUUUUUCUCGUCCAGCGACUCAGAGGAUGACGAGGACAGCAAAAAAAAGUUCAAAAUUAAGAUCAAGCCGCUGGUGUCAGACAGUGCCAAGUGUGUGCUUCCAUCCAUGGACGAGCUAAAAGCGUCAGUGGGAGGCCUGGCGCUGUCCCCGUCUCUGAGGAGAAGUCCGAGACGCAGUCCGGGGCAGAUAAAAAGGAACUUGUCCUGUGAGGAGAUCGCUAGACCCAGACGCUCAACCCCGAUACCGAGUCCUGCCCCAGAGACGCAGAGUGACAGGCUGUCACAGAACACUCCUGCCUUCUUUGAGCUGCCUUUAGAGAGAAAAUAUGCCAGAUAUGACGUGGUACCUACGGACGCGUGGGGAGAUUCUAGACCCCGAUCAGAAUCACAGCUGAGCAGAAGUUUUCCAACAGGGGCGCCGCCUCCACUCCCUCCAAAAAACAUUCCAUCGAGAAGUCACUACGGCUAUCCUUCAGAAUCUGCUGCCGAUCUACCCAAUGGGAGGGCGGCUCGCAGUUCGGCACCAAUCUACCUGAAUGUCCUCUCCCCAGCCUCUUACCGAGGCUCCCCUGCCCCCGACCUGGACGACGUCUUUGGACCCACGAGUGAGGACACCAUGUCUCCCAGAUGGGUUACUUUCACUGAUGACAGGCCCCCACCGCCCGAUGAACCAGCUCCACCUCCGCCACCGGACUCUCCCCCGCCAGACACACCUUCUUCCACCCCCUCCACCCCUGCCUCUCGCCUGGACCACCUCCAAACGAACCCCCGCCUUCACCUCCGCCGUUUUCCCCUGGGUCUCCUCCUCCUUUCACUCCGCCAGACUCGCCUCCCUCCAUCCUACUCGGACCUCCUCCUCCAGAUGAACCAGCCCCUCCUCUACCCCCAGAAUUCUCCCCCUCUAAUUCCCCUCCUGGGUGCCCUGAAGAGGAUGCUAUUGAUGAGGAGGUGCUGCAGUUUGCAGAGUACUCUUCCUCCCCUGCCCCCAUCAGCCCUGUGCCUCCUCUGCCAGCGGAGCGUAGAUCCCCUCGUGCUGGAGUCACGUCUCCGCUGGUCCUGGGGGGUUCAGGGGGUAAGAGGACUCCAGAAGGUGUAAACCUGAGAGAAGAUGUACCAGACUUUGUGGGUUCC